CGAGUCAUCAUACGCUGAUUGCCGCAGCCACAUCCCUCAGUACCGAUACUGUCACUCGAGGAGGAUCCAUUACAGUCAUUAAUGUCCACCUCCAAAUCCCCCUCUCUCGAUCUUUGCCUCGCAACCCUCCACGAACUUCUCCACCCCGCACCCAUCCUCUCACUCCUCCUCUCGGCUCUCAAUCUCUCUGCCCAUUUUCAACUGUUUGCACGCCAGCUCUCCUCCGAUGCGGGGCUCAUAGCAGCUUUUCAUGAGAAACACUACCAUAUUGUGCACGAGUCAAGUAUCGAUGAGGAAGAGGAGAUAUCGAAAGGAUACUUGUUGGAUAGCUCUGAAGGGGAGAAGGUCAAGCAUAUACGGUAUCGGAAAGAAGAGAUAUUCGAUGCCUCUAUUCGUUUAAGAAAACAUCACAUUGCAACGUCUCUUGCCAUGGUCAAACGGAACCCUCGCCAAGUCAAAGUUCUUAUCGACCUGUACUUUCCAGAUAUCGAUCCGGAAGAUCACUCCUAUCGCAAGAAUGAACACCUUUUUCUAAGCUGUAUGAAGCGCUCCCAAGCGAGAAAGAUGGUGGAAGAGCGGAAAACAGUAAUCAAGUGGUACAAAGAUGCCAUAGAGGUUUUUGAUGCUCAUGAGCCUCCAUUACCCUAUCGAACGUUCUUUUAUGGCGAAACCAGCUCUUUUGCGCAUGGAAAGGUGUUGUCCCAGGCUUUAUUAGAGGAAUGUCAGGAAGUUGUUCAAGAAGCGAGGGAUUUCGAAGCUUUGUUGGCCGGUGAUGGGUCUUGGCAAGGGGAGAAAUGGGCUAGCAGUAAAAGGAAGGGCCGCGAUGUCAGACGGUAUACGAUGACAGCCACCGUAACAGACAGCAAGAGUACAAAUAGAUCUCCCCCCGCCGUAAAGCCCCCACGCCAGCCCCGGAUCUCUCUACCUGCCAACCUCGAUGUCAAUCUCAAUUCACCGCCUUCUACCGAUAACGAUAAACGUACAAUAUCGCCACCAAGUGAUUCUGAAAGUGUGCGUGCCCGGACAUUACCCCGUUUAUCUUUCUCCUCCAGCUCUAUUCGCAAGACAAGUAGUGCACAAUUACGAGAUGGUCAUCAGGCGGAUGCGGAGAGGACACCAUCGAGAGCGCCGGUACAUACUAAUGCGCAAAAGGCAGUCUCCUUGAUUGGGAAGACGGGUGCGACUUCGCCUCCCCCAUCAAGAACGACUUAUCCCGAGAAGUCGUCAGAGUCGUCCAGACGUCAACCAUGCCAUCCAGAAGUGACCGACAAGCGCGUUACAUUACCUGCUUCGGCGCCUUUAUCCCCUUCAUCUCCCCGUACGAAAGCAAAGGAACCUGUAAAACUUAAUAAGGAGACGGAAAGUGAGUGGGCGGCAAAAGAGAGGAGAGUAGAAGAAGCUCGUCUGCGGCGGUCUUUAGGUGGAGCCAAAUUGGGAGAUGGAAAUGGAGAGGGAAUGGGGAUUGAUGUUACUCCAGCGAUCCCGACCCAGAAGCCAGCGACACCCGCUUCUCCUCAGGCAAAAACGACGUUAGCGAAGAAGAAACGUCCGCGACAGUCGUUCCCGCUUUCAGGACCCGAGUUUUCUCGAGGGACGGGGUCUGGGACUGGAAGCGCAAAUAAGCGACCAAAAGUCAUCGAGUGAGACAAUGGUUAGUUGCAAUGCAAGGAAAGCGCCAAUCGCUAGCUCAGAUACUAAAGUAAAGUAAA